AAAAAUGGCUGAAAGAGAUGGCGGUGUUAUCACUUUUGAUUUCGAACAUUACAAUUUGACAGAAGAGGACGUGGACAAAAUGAUAUCUGACGCCACCUUUUACCUCCUAGUUGCUGAUCAGAAGAAGUCUGUGAUUAAACGUCUAGAUCUGAUGAAAACCUGUGAAAUAAAUAAAAAGCAUCGUCAGGUUCAGGAGUAUGUUCUCAACCGUGCUGCACACAUUCUACUAGACACAUUUGGGAUCCGGGUUGGAGAAAUGGAUGAGAAGAGAGGACACUACAUCCUCACCAAUGCACUGGCUGAGGCGGAGAGAAACCAUCCGUUCCUGGAUUUCUCCGAGAAAGAGGUGGGACAGAUGGGAAUUAUCUUCACCGUCCUCGGUCUUAUUUUCAUGAACAACGGGAAGGUGUCCGAGGACGUUUUGUUCAAGUUCCUGGCUGGACUGGGAAUAGAGAACUCUCGAGACCUCGUGGACCUCUAUGACGAGGACUUAAAGAAGUACGUCAAUGACGUCCUGGUCUCGAAGCAACACUACCUACGGCGGUCUAAGGUGCAGGGUGCAGAGGCUGACAAGGAAUAUUACGAGUAUGAGUGGGGAGACAGGGCAGAGGCUGAGGUCAAGAAGUCCGACGUCUUGAAGAUGGUCUGUCAGGUCUACGACGUCGAGCCAAGGAUGUUCAAAGAGCAGUACGAUCUGGUAAAGAAUGCUGAGGAACUGACAGACGAGGAUUUCCUUCCUCCUCCACCCCCUGCUGGAGCUGCUGUCCCUGUUCAGCAGAUAGAUAUAGAUUAGAUAGUUCUCCUUCCUCCUCCACCCCCUGCUUGAGCUGCUGCUCCUGUUCAGCAGAUAGAUAUAGUUCUCCUUCCUCCUCCACCCCCUGCUGCUCCUGUUCAGCAGAUAGAUAAACUAUUAGAUAUUCCAGAAACUGCUGCAAACAUUUCAUAUUCCAUGGUUCAGAGCUAGUCAGAAUAUGCCAGAACUCUUAAACGAACAGUGAAAAAAGAAUAGUGAGUGUAUUCAUUAUUCAUACCUGUAAAUAAACAGAAAAAUCUGUACAAGGUUGAACAUAUUUCUGAUCGGAUCAUUCAUAGUAUCAAAAUUUUUGCAUUAAAAAUUUUAGGUUGGAAUUUCUUAAAUUUGCCGUAACUUUUCUUAUAUAUGUACAUGCUGCAUUUCUACCUUAACCCUUAAAUCUAUCACGUGCUGUCUAGUUUUUUAAAGACACUCUUUUGAAAAAAGAGAUUUAUUCAAAUUCUCUUUACCAGUAUUAUUUCCGAAGUUUAUUAUUCGAAUCGAAAAUGUACUAGUGCUCAAGUGUGACGAUACAGAGUUAAUGUCAGCAUAAAAUGUUACUUUUUUCUACGAAAUAUAUAUUUUUUACAAUUGAA